UUUUUGUGUUUUAUGUUUAUUUUUUGUAUUUUUUCAAGUUUGUUUUUGUGUUUCAUGUUUAAGUGUUUCUUGCUUUUAUAUUUUUCAAGUUUAGUCAUUUUUUUAUUUUUUUCAGGUAGGUCACAAUUCCUCAUUGGCAAUUUAGCUGCCUGCAACAUUUGUUUAGCGUUGGGAUUAUUUGUUUAUACAUUUUUAAUUGAUGUUUACUACCAUGUGGAUUCUUUCGAUACCCUUUUACUUAUUAAUGGUGGCCAAGCUUCUUCAAAACUGCCUCGGUUUGCUAAGGAAAUUUGGAGUGUUGCUAAAUUUUUAUUCCAUACAGAACUUGUAGAACAAUUCUUUACUGUACAACAACUUAUUAUUUUACUCGCAGCAAUAUAUUCUUAUUUUACAAUUUUCUUCAAUUACAACAACAAUUAUUAUUAUUUUUCAAAUUAUUAUGCUUUCUUCAAUAUUGUAGCUGUUGUUGGUCCUUAUUUAUUUUCUUUUGUUUUGCUUGACAAGUAUAUUUUGCAGCAAUGGUUUUGUUUGACUAAAAGUGCUGCUAAUGUUGUUAGGUGGGUUGAAAAUUUUUUUUAAAUUUUUGCUUCGUGUUUUUGCUUCAGUUUUUAUUUUAUUUCGGAUUUUUUUUUUGUUUUAAACAAAUUUUUAAUUUUUUUGCUUUAACUUUUGCUUCAACUUUUAUUUUUGCUUCAAUUUUAUUUUUUUGCUUCCACUUUUUUUUAAUUUCAAAUUUAUAUUUCUUGCUUCAAAUUUUGUUUCUGCUUCAGUUUUCUUUUUUUGUUUCAAAUUUUCAUUUCUUGCUUCAGUAUUUUUUCCUUGCUUCAACUUCGUGUUUUGUCUUUCCUUUAUUGUUUCUUCAUAUUUUGCUUCCAUCAGUUUUAAUAGCUUUAGUUCUUGCUUCAAUUUUCUAGUUUGUUUGUUGCUUCAUGUUUCGCUUCAGCUUUAUUUUUUACUCUUUUUUUGCUUCAACUUUCGUCUAAUUUUUUAUUUUUGUUUCUGCUUCAGUUUUAGAAUUAUAAUUCUUAAAAAUUAUUUUUUAAUCAUUAGACUUGCUUC